AACCUCACAUUUUUGUUUUCCUCGAAAAAAGCAAGGGAAAUCUUUUGUCAGUCUCGCCGGUUUAUUAAAAAUAAUUUCAUUUUCAAAAUGCCGUACGCUAAUCAGCCAUCCGUUCAUAUUACAGACCUUACAGACGACAAUGUCAAAUUCCAAAUCGAAGACACAGAAUUAAGUGUUGCAAAUAGUAUGAGAAGAGUUUUCAUAGCCGAAACACCCACUAUGGCCAUCGAUUGGGUUCAACUAGAAGCAAAUUCCACUGUAUUGAGUGACGAGUUCUUGGCAUCGCGUAUCGGUCUCAUCCCACUGACAUCUGAUGAAGUAGUUGAACGAAUCUUGUACACCCGUGAUUGCUCUUGCAUGGACUUUUGUCAACAUUGUAGUGUCGAGUUCACUUUGGAUGUGAAAUGCACAGAUGACCAGACCCGACUUGUUACCACUGCUGACUUGAAAUCGAGUGACAUGAGAGUAGUGCCAGUUACAUCUCGUAAUAGAGAUGCUGAUGCAAGUGAAUAUGGAGAAACUGAUGAUAUUUUAAUCAUCAAAUUGCGAAAAGGUCAAGAAUUGAAGCUCCGUGCUUAUGCGAAAAAAGGAUUUGGCAAGGAGCAUGCUAAAUGGAACCCCACAGCUGGUGUCAGCUUUGAAUAUGAUCCAGACAAUUCCAUGCGGCAUACGUUGUUCCCAAAACCUGAUGAAUGGCCCAAAAGUGAAUAUUCGGAACUUGAUGAAGAUCAAUUUGAGGCGCCUUACAAUUGGGAGGCCAAACCAAACAAAUUUUUCUUUAAUAUUGAAAGCUGUGGAUCACUGAGACCUGAAAACAUUGUCAUCAUGGGUGUUGCAGUUCUUAAAAAUAAACUCUCAAACUUACAAACUCAACUGAGUCAUGAGCUCCAGGGCAAUCCCCUUUUGAUUUAAUUCAUGGCUCUUGGUGUGCCAUGUAUUCCAUGUAAAUAGUCCUAGGUUAAGUUGACUGUAUGAUAAAUUGUAUGCGGUGAUUUUACAUUGAAUGAAGAAUUGAAUAAAUUUAAAGUAAGUUAUAUUGAUUCA